GGUUGCGUCAUACUUGGGCUGAGGCUGCGAGUUACCAGGCAGCUCGAGCAGACAGGCGGAGAUAAUGUUCCGCGUAUCAGCAUGUGAUAGAUGUACAGUGUUGAGUGACACACGUGCUGGCGGCGUGUCGAGAUGGUAGUGGAGGCUGGCACACCCAAGGUAUUGCUUCUGUACGCCUCACAGACCGGCAAUGCUCAGACCAUCGCUGAGAGUCUGAGUGAACAGUUCGGGCAGGCGGGCAUCACUGUGCAGGUGAAGUGCUGCAGUCAGCUGGACUCCCCCGCAGCCCUGCUCCAGGUGUCCUACUUGGUCCUCGUCGCCUCUACCACAGGCGAUGGUGAUCCCCCAGACUCGGCUCGCAAACUGUGGAAGCAGCUGAGGAAGUGGCGAGGUGCCCCCCUCACCCACCUUUCCUACACAGUGCUUGGUCUUGGUGACACCAACUACAAUAACUUCUGUAACUUUGGGAAAAGUGUGGACAAGCAGCUAAAUUCAUUAGGUGCUCAAAGCUUCUACAGGUGUGGAUGGGCAGAUGAUGGUACUGGCCUAGAAUUAGUAGUGGAACCGUGGUGUGAGGGUCUCCAGCCAGUCCUCAAGCUACAUCUGUGCAGUCUCUCCAUGCAAGAGUCCACACUACAAGAUCCUUCAGCAGAUGGAGACAAUAGCCCGGAGAGUGUUUCAAGGACUACUGGUAACAAUGAGGAACUUAAUUGUAAUCAGAAAUAUAAAGGUCCUCUGUGUGAGAACAACAGAGAGCUUGAAAUGGCCAUCUCUUCUGAGAACAAGGAUGUGGUGUCCAAGAUCAUGGCUCACCACAGUAUUGACAUGUUGCCACACCAUGAAGUGGAACAUCUGGCUCUCAGGUGUUGUACUUUUCCUAAGGAUGAUCCACUCUCCAUCCCUGUUCCACCUGCACCAUACCUCACUUUGACCCUCACAGAAAAAUGUGAUACUCCUCAAACCACUCCAAGUUCAGGCACAUUACCUGCAGCAGCCUCCCAGGUGUUCAAGGCACAAGUCAUUAAAAUCAGACAGUUAACACACCCUACUGCUGUCAAGACUGCAUUAGAAUUUACCCUCAAAUUACCAGAGGAAGGAAUUCAUUACCAUCCUGGAGAUGCAAUUGGAAUCCUUGUAAAGAAUCCACAAAAAGAAGUGGAUCUCCUAUUAGGGCUGUUAGGACUGACACAGAUGGCUGAUAAAGGUUGUGAGCUUUCAUUAAUUCCAGAAACUAAGAAGAGAGCAGCAGCAAUACCGAGCUUUCUUCCCUGUAAGAGCUCCCUCAGGCACCUGCUGGAAUAUUGUGUAGAUAUUAGAGCUGUGCCAAAGAAGCCUCUUUUGCGUGCCUUGGCAGAAUACACCACCAACCCUUGUGAGCAGAGAAGACUGUUGGAACUGGUAAGCAAGGAAGGGGCUAAGGAAUAUACCUGUUAUGUGAGGGAGGCUUGUCUGUCCACUCUAGACCUGCUGUUGUUCUUUAGGUCAUGCCGACCGCCUGUUUCUACUCUUUUGGAACAUUUACCUCGUCUUUUGCCCCGCCCAUACUCAGCUGCUUCAUCCCCACUUGCUACGCCAAGCCAUCUUACUUUUGUUUUUAAUGUGGUGGAGAUUUCUCAAGGGAACAGUGUGGCUUUUUCCAGGCAAGGGGUGUGUACUGGCUGGUUAGCAUCGCUGGCCUCGGAUAACUAUGAAACUGGUGAAUCAGUGCCUCCCAUGGAUCUUGAUAUGAGGGAUGUGGAGCAAGCUUUGAGCAACCUCACCUUUGCUAGCAGUGAAGACAUAUUUAUUGAUAUGUACCUGAGAAACAACCAGAGCUUCCAGCCACCAACUGACUCCUCUACUCCUGUUGUGAUGGUGGGUCCUGGAACUGGAGUUGCUCCAUUUGUAGGGUUCCUCAAGCACCGGCAGAAGGUUGGGGUGGGUGUAGGGCAAUGGUGGCUCUUUUAUGGAUGCCGCCACAGGGACAAAGACUUUCUUUACCAAAAGGAACUGAGGGAGCUAGAAGAAGAAGGUGUGUUGAAUCAUUUGAUUGUGAGUUUCUCCAGAGAGGAUGAUGGUCCCAAGUAUGUUCAGGAUAAUUUGAUUAAGUAUGGGACAUCAUUGGCCCCCAUAUUAGACAAGGCCAUUGUUUAUGUGUGUGGUGAUGCCCGCAACAUGGCCAAGGAUGUGUUUGAGGCUUUUGUGUCUGUGCUCAUGAACCACAAAGAAGUGACAGAGGCUGAUGCUAGACAGGUAAUGACCAAGAUGCAGCUGGACAGGAGAUAUCUGCAGGAUGUUUGGACAUGACACAACCUGUCUUUAGUAUUACCUUUAUUUUUAUUGGUGUAUUUUUGUUCAUUAUUAUCAUUUAUUAAUGUUUUAUUGUUAUUAUUUGUCUUGUAUGCAGGAGCUAAGAAUACUGCCAUUACAUUCCCUGUAUGUCAUAAGAGGUGACUAUGCCCAAUGCAGUCUAAACUGGUCAUUUAGGUGUGGCUCUGGGCUUCACCUUGAUUCACCCACUAUUGCCACCUCUCCAUACACUGGGAUUUCCAAUCCCACUCCUUACCUUUUGUCUCUUUCUCUCUCUCUCUGUUUAUAUAUUAAUUGGUGUAUUUCUGAAACUAUUUCCAAUAUCAUUUUAACUUUUGUUCAACAUCACUGUUGAGGUAAAAAUUGAGACAUGUUUUUUGUAUUAAGUAUGACCUUGUUGCUACUUACACCUGCCUCACUUGUUAGUCAAUCCUGACCUGGUUGUAGAAAGGGCUGGUGAACUGUGGAGAUGUGGCAACAGUGAAGGACUAGCUGUCAAAUGGCGAACUCCACCCAAACAACUAUUUUACACUGCGCUGGAUAUAAAAGGGACAGAGAGAGGGAGCCAGGAAAACCCCUUCUCUGCAUUUUUCCAAUGAACAAAGGAAAACAGCGAAUGCCUUGAGUUAUGAAUGUGUGCAUGUAGUGAUGAAAGUAGAAGGGAAGUGACUUGAAAAUUUUUUGUGGAACAGAAAGGAAUUGGAUUCAUAAGCAGUGAGUGAAAGGAAGGAGUGAAUGUGUUUGGAUGUGUGAAUGGAUAGAUGAUAAGCAAAUUGAGAAGGAAAGGAUGGGAGGGUGUGGAUUUGCUCUCAAGUCCAAGGGAACAAAAUUGCAUGUUAAACCAUCAAGAAAUGUUCUCAGGAGUAAUGUGGCUAAAAGUAAAUGAAGUACUACUCUGUAUCUGCCGUAGUAUAAGGGUGGAGAAGGGAAGUAUCAUUAUGAAGCCCCAGCCUAUUAAUAUGUUGAUAUAAUUGUAAUGUUACUGUGUGUGUGGUCCUACAGUCAGAAGACCAGCGUAUUGUCAAGUGGCUACUUGUAAGAAAACACUAUGCUAGGAUUGGUGUGUGUGUGUGUUUUGCUAUAAGAAAGCAGAUGUUAUUUUUGCCACACUAAUAUUGUAUUGCAUAACAAAAAUAAAUGAAUAAUUAGUAACAAUAUAUGCAUUUAUAGAAUAUUACUAAAGGGAAAAAUUAAUAAGUUAACAGGGAUUGCACUAACCAUAGAAGAUAGUUUGAUUAGUACCUACAGCUGCUUCAGUAUAUCAAGAAAUGUGCUUGAAGUGUUAUUAGUUCAGAUUAAAAAUAGUAAGUGCCUUAUUCAGGAAAAGAUUGUCAACUACUCAGUAGAUAAGCUUCAUAAAAUAACUCAUCUUAUAAAAUUCCUAUGAAUUUG